AUGUGCAAAAUCACCCGUUACAAAUUCUGCGUUGAAGGAUUUGACUCCAAGAGAAGACUUCCUCCCGAGUCAACCGACCGAUGCAAAGAGUAUCAGAAGCUUGAAGCUGAGGCUCGGACAGGAGAGUUCAUGGCCCAAAGACGGCUUGUGGAUCACCUAUCUUACUCUGACAAAUGGCCGCAAGUCGAAAAGGUUCAUGUUAGCCAAGUCCUGCCUGGCGGGACGUGUGUGCCUGACCCUUCGAAAGUGCGGUGGAAUCCUUCUAUGGGAGGCAAUCCCACCGACCGAUGCUAUUACAAGCGAUGUGAUGGCGUAUACCGCAAUCAUUCGGGCAUGAGACUAGAUUACGGUGGCCCGUCCAAGCAAACGCCACCACAGCGAAGACCACGGCUACAGAGCCAAUCACCGCAAUGGCAUUCUGGACUAAGACAGUCUCCGCGAAGUCCAUCCCAACUGGGUCCAUCGCAGACGGAGCUGCCUGGACAAGGUUCAAACACGACCCCAGCGAACCCGCCGCCCGAGCAGAACACGCCACAGCAUAGUCCACCCGAGCAAAGCCAGCAUCAGCGCAGCCUACCUCGGCCAAUCCCAUUGCCGCAGAGCCGCAAGUUCAAUAUUGGAACUUCUGAGGCUGAUUUGGUCACUCCCUCAACUGGGAGUGCGACAUCUGAAAUAUCACGAGAUAUGCCAUCCGCCGCCAGAUCAUUUCAACAAAGUUUGUCCCAGCAAGGCUCAUAA